CGUCGAGCUGUCAUUUGUGGCCAGGUCACUUGUCAAAAAGAGCUAUUUCGCUCAGUGGGCCUUACCUGGUAAAAUUUCAGUGUAGUUUUACAUCUCAAAUAAACUCGAACUCAAACAACCCCCACGAUCGAAAGGUAUGUGGCGGGCUGAAUAGUCCAGCAGUGGCUGGACACGGCCUGCGCCUCGCUCGCUCUCUCUGUGUGUGCGCAGCAGAGGGCUCUGUUGAGAUGCACGCGAGGUGCCUGGGGGAUCAUUACCAAGCCAAUCAACACGGGCACACGGCCACCACCAGCAACACCGACCAGCAGGGCUCCCUCACUCCCGUGGCCACCGUCCCGCCCGUCACCUCUUCAACCAAUGAAGCGCCUCCUCCUCCUCCUCUCCAUGCCCUGACACCACCCCACCCACACGAAGGGGAUUCUAUAAAACGCGGGGGGCGCUCAACUCAUGCGGCAGCAGCUGCCCCCCCACCGCUUCUCGCCGCGACAUCAGCACCACGCAGCCCGAGGCGCCAGCUGUAGCUACAUCCGCCCCUGCCUCUUCAUUCAGCCGUGCUCAGCGGCUGCUGUUGCCGUCGUUGUCGUCGCUGCGGUUGUGAGGCUGAAGAUGUCGAGCUACACUCGCGGCUUCAGCUCAAUGUCUCUUGGGGGCAGCAGGGCCCGCGGUGGUCUGGCGAGCUCCUACAGCGGCGCCAGGGCAGCCGGGGUAGCGCUGCCCGAGCCCGCGGGCCGCUGGCCGGGCACCCCCCUGAGGGACGCGCACGGAGAACGCGAGGAGAUGCAGGAGCUGAACAAGAGGCUGGCGGGAUACCUGCACAAGGUGAAGGAGCUGGAGGCAGCCAACGCCACCACGGAGGCGAACAUCCAAGAGCUGCUCCGCGUGCGAGGGGCCAUCGUCCAGGACCACGGCGCCCGAUUCGCGGCCAUCGCUGACCUCAGGUCCAAGAUGCUGGCCCAGGUGCUGGAGAACGCCCGCAUCGGCCUGGACGUGGACAAUGCACGCCUGGCCGCUGACGACUUCCGCUGCAAGUGGGAGACGGAGGUGGCUCUGCGCAGCUCCGUCGAGGCCGACAUCGGGAACUUGCACAUGCUGCUGGACGAGUACACGGGCUCGCGGGAUGCAAUGGCCAGCGAGGCGCAGAGCAUGCACGAGGAGCUCGCCUACAUGAAGAGGAACCACAGGGAGCGACUAGCGCUCUCAAAAGCCCAGGUGGAAGGCUCCUCGGUGUCCAUCCAGGUGGACAGCGCCAAAGGGGUGGACCUCACGAAGAUGUUGGGCGACAUGCGUGAGCAGUACGAGUCACUCAUUGCUCGCAGCCGUGGCCAGGCGGAGGAGGCGUUCCGGAAGCAGCUGGAGUCGGUCAAAGUGCAAAGUUUCCAGCAGGACCAGGCAGCGUCCGCAGCCAAGGCCGAGUUGGCAGAGGUUCGGCGCACGAUGCAAGGCUUAACGGUUGAGCUGGAAUCUCUGAUGGCGCUGCUCGGCUCCCUCGAGGAGCAGCUGCGCCAGACGGAGCACGACAACGCCCGGGAGCUCUCCUCACACGGCGACCAGAUCGGCGCUCUGCAGGGCAGGCUGCACUCCGUGCAUGGCGCCACCAACGCCCAACUCCGAGACUACUCGGAGCUGCUCAACAUGAAGAUGAAGCUGGAGCAGGAGAUCGGCACCUACCGGCGCCUGCUGGAGGGCGAGGAAAGUUCACCCGUUAUCCCAGCUGAAGCUACAAAAGAGGAGGUUAAGAAGAGGAAGAAAGUUGUCAUCACUCAGACCAUUGUGGAUGGUGAAGUGAUCAACACGUCUGAAGAGGUGUCUGAAAGUAACGAGAAGUCUUGA